AUGAAGCUCUGCGUUUACGUGCUCGAGGCGAAGGGCCUGCGGGCGCAGGCGGAGACGUACGUGAAGUUGAAGGUAGGGAAGUACAGGUCAAGGACGAGGAUGGUGAGUGUGGGAGCCGAUCUGGUGUGGAACGAGGAGUUCGUGUUUAGGAUGGAGGAUGCGUGGGAGGUUGGCGACGGGGAGGAGGAAGAAGCGGACGGAGACCAGCUCUUGACUGUGAGGGUCUUCAGCAGGGAUCAGACUAGGGGCGGGAUUUUUGGUGGCGGGAAUAGGAGACUGCUGGGUAGGGUCGACGUUUGGCUCUCUACCGUUUUUGGAGAUGAACGGCGGACCCUGCCGCCGACGUGGUUCCCUCUGAGGCGUCAGCGUGGCAGCGUAUGUAAGCUGGAUUGCGGUAUUCUCCUUCCUAAUGGGAUUGGGCAAAUUUCCAUUCCAAGUUUCCUUGCUUCUUUUAAUGAUUCGUUGCCUACCUCGCUAUUGUUUCUUCCAUAUUAGUAGGUAACAUGUGGUUUGGUUGCCUGUCACGUCGAUCCUUUGCAUAUGGGGGAUCGUCAUCUUUAUACCUUAAAACAAAAUAACGUGGCAAAUUUUGUAUUUAUGCAUUACCGUACCUCUUUUCUGAACUCCGUUCUAAUUUUUUUCCCAUCUAUUUCGGUAGUGGACUGUAAAAACUUGUUAGGGAAGUUUGAAAUAUGUUAAGCCAGUCAUUUGGAAAGUCUUUGAUAGAAGAGGAACCAAACUAAAAUAUUUCCUUUUUAUCAUACAUUCAAGGUAGAGCUUUUGCAUUAUAUACUCUCAGACUAGGAGUAGAAUGAAAACAGCAAACAUGUUGUCCAGGUUACCAUGUAUAUAUGCCUUUGAAAUUAACCCACCGCUGUGGCCUACAAGGAUCCUACGAAAAUAACUAAUUGAUUAGUUCCUAUUCUACUGGAAACAUUUUGAGUGUCUUAGAGGAACUUUCUGAAAUGCGACUAUUGCACAAACUUAUGACGUUGUUUUCCCGUUCAAAAAAGUGAUUUACACAGUUAACUUCGUGCACCCAUUUUACACAUAGAAUUAGGAAAAAAAUGCAGAAAAGUAGAAAUUGUACAAUAUUUGCCUUAUGUGACACAUUGGAAUUAUGUAGCUUCUGUUUUCACAGAAUGAACAACCGUAAAUGGAUUAAAAAAAUCAGCAAAAAAUUUAAGUACCUAAAGAUCCUGCUAUGACAUAGUAAUUAUGCUAUCUAUACCUGAGUCGUAUAGCUGCUGAUUUGCGAUAGCUUGGGCCUUUUAUGAUGCAAAGACUAAUUUUGAUAUAUUUUUAGAAAGAUGGAAUUAUUUUAUGAUCUUUUUGAUGAUACCAUGGGAUGUGAGUGAUUUGUAGUCAUUUCUUUCUGUUUAUUGCUGCCAUUUCUUGAAAAAGGCAUUGACGUUGAAAUCAUGAUGAUGCCACUUCACCAUAUAAUUUUCUUAGUCAUUUAUUACAAUAUCGCUGGGAUGGGAGUUCUGUUCCACCAUCAUGAUUUCAAGAUCGAUGCCUUUUUCCUUCAUAUGAGUCCACCACAUUACUUCUAUUGAUUAUGCCAAAAAUUCUUUCUGAUUUGAAAGAAUUGGUGGUAAUGAGGGUCAUGUUUUUCAUUGUUGUGCUUAAACAGUAUUAUAUAGAGAAUUCAAAGUAUUUAAUUUCUUUCCUAUUCCAGAUAUUGGAGAUGCAAAUUUUAUUUUAGUUUUGUUGGGAUUCCAAGGACGUACUGAUAAAAAUUCAAUAAUGGAGGCUAAUGAUAUAUAAAUAUACAUUUGAAAAUAAUCCUCUUUGUUCCUUUCGAAGUAACCUAUGAUGUCUAAAGCUUUCACUCUAUUCUCAGUAAAUUCUCAUGCUUUAAUCCGAAAUAUUUUCUCAUAAAUGUAUUACAUCAGAGUUUGAUCCGAAAUUUAUUGGACAUCUUUUAAGGACUGAUGUACUAUUUGGGAAAAAAUUAGUGCAGAAUUACAGCUAUCUCAGUCUCAAUAUCUGUAAACUGAUGCGUAAACAUAGCUCUCAAAUAAAGCUUUUGAAAAUCACCCAGGAGGUUAUUUUUAAAGUAAUAGAAGACAGUGAGCUCUUUUUCUUUCUCAAGCCUAAUUUUUUUUGACGAUUAUUCAGAAGCUAUACUACAUGGGAAAUUUCAUUUAAAGUGUUUUAUUGAUUAAAGUCAAAUAGACCGUUAAAUUCGACUCUUCUUCUUAAUCAUAAAUAUUUUAGUGGAUGUGUUGAAGAACGUGUCAAACAAAUAAGGACGAUACCUGAUAAAAAUACAUGAAAGGAUUGAAAAGAACAGAUUCCAGGACAAUUAAUGCUCCAAUCAUCACUUUCACGUUCAAAAUCUUCCUUUGAUCUAUCUUCAGAAGUUAUAUAUAUUUUAACUGGAAGGCAGCAAGUUUUAAGUUCGAGGUUACUUUUUCGUAUUCUAGAUAAUGAUGUUGUAGAUUAUGGGAAAAAGAAGUUUUUUUUCUUGUUAACUGAGAGAAAUGAAGAUUCAUAUAGCGAUAGGUGAAGUGUGUUGAAUUUAUUGGUCUAUCCAUCCCAAAAGAAAUUAGCAAUGAGUGGAGUGGACCCAUCUUUUUAAUCUCAGAUUUACUUUUGUAUUAAAUAAUCCAAGACUGUCUUAACAAAAUUCAAAUGAUGCUAGAAUGACUUUCAGGUCUCAAGCUUAAUGAAAAAGUUACAAUUCACCCCUUUACAGUUUUGUCGAGACUUGUAUAUCAUCAAGUUUUGUCGAUUUUAGGCAUUCGCUUUUUUUGUAAGUGUUGUCCAUAUGCGAUUCCAUCUUACUUUUCUCUGUUCCAUUACUCUAGGAGAUCAAGAUGUGAACAAAAACUUUAUGGCUUUGCAUGGAUUUGAGAUGAGUGGUUUUGGCGUACAUUUCUUGUUGAAGACUCUUGAAACAUGUAAAGUGAAUGCUAUUAUUUUUCCGGUGGUUUUUGCAUGAAAACGGGUGCAAUAAUCAUGUCGUUUGCUCCUCGUCUGCUUUUUUUUCUCUCUUCAAAAUAAAUGAAUUUGAAUGAAUUUUAAUGAAUUCUAAUGAAUUUGAAAGAUGUAUACAAUCAUGCGGGAACAUCACCUUCAUGGCAGCCUUAUUUAUGAUGCUGUAAUAUGUUUCUGUUCGAAUGCAGUAAUAUCUUUAUCUUUUCAAUGGGUUUGAUGGAGCUAUUGGCAGGAUUUUGAAUACGUUGUUUCACUCCGCAGGGAAAAUUCUUCUCACUAUGUCUCUGCAUGGAAAGAGAAUUGGAAAAUCUAUCACCAUAACACCAGAGCCAAGAGAUACUCAUUCUUCACCUCAUGCUAUCAAUGCCUAUAAUGACAGUCCUCAUAAGGCACAGAUGCAUGAGUUUACACAUCAGGGAACUAUCUCUUCAAAAAAUGAACGCAAAAGACUCAACUCAGGUGAUUCGGUGGUGGCACGUGAUGGAAGACAUCAAAUACAGACUCUAGCUGGGCAUUUUAUAAAGAGGCUUCUCCAUAGGAACGAAGAAAGCUGCACGUCAAAAACGAAAUUUCAUGAUCAAGUGGUUAUGGGUGAUACAAAUUCAGAUGCUGAAAGUAACAGAAAGACCAAUGACGGUAUAGUCAAUUUUGGAGAAGCGAUUCAAAAUCUGCAGUUGAGAGAUAAAAUACAAAACCCAGAUAAAUUACAAAGGGGAGUUCUUCUUCAGCAUAGGUAUGCUGUCUCAUCCAAAUAUCUGAAUAUGCUCCUCUUCGAACCCAAUUCACAGUUUAGACAAGAUCUAGCUGAAAUACAAGGGACCUCAGAGUACAAAGAAGAACCGUGGAUGUGCAAUUUUGGUGACAAUCCUUCCUUAACACGAGUAGUUACCUACAGAAAGGCUGCGACAAAGUUGGUUAAGGCUGUUACCGUCUCAGAGGAGCAGGCCUACCUAAAAGCUGAUGGAGAGGACUUCACAAUUUUUUCCAGAGUGUUUACGCCUGAUGCUCCAUAUGGAAAUUGUUUCCAUCUUGAGUUGAUGUAUAGAAUCAUCCCUGGUCAGGAGCUAUCCUCACACGAACCAUCUUCCCAGCUUAUUGUAUCCUGGGACUUAAUUUUUUCCCAGAGCACUCUUGUUAGAAGUAUCAUUGAAGAAGGUAUUAAGCAAGGUCUUGAAGAAAGUUUUGGACAGUUUGCAGACUUUCUAUCGCAGAAGAUUAGAACAGUUGAGUCCACUGGGCUUACUUUGGACAAGAACCAGAUAUUAGCAUCAUUGCAGCUAAAGCACCGGUCAGAUUGGCAGUUAGCUGUAAGCUAUUUAUGGAAUUUUACUUUUGUCUCAACGGUUUUCAUGGUUCUCUAUGUUUUUGUGCACAUUAUUUUACCUGGAUAUGGAUCAAAAAAGAGUUUGGAAUUUGGAUUCUUAGACUUACCUGACACAUUAGGCGAGCUGAUUACAUCUGGGGUACUCUUUUUCCAAGGCCGGAUUGUUUUCAAGAUGAUUUCACGCUUUAUUAGAGCCAGAGUAUGUAGAGGUGAGUCUGGAUUUAGUUGAGCUUUUUUAGAGAUGCCAUCCAUAUAUUUAAAGGAUGACAAUGGGAAAUUGGUACGAAUAUUAGCCUUCGUUGAUAUAACUUCUGCAUACUUGUUUUGCGGGUCGCUUGGUAGUUACGUAAUGAUUUUCUCUCUAGGAAGUGAUCAUGGGUUGAAAGCUCAAGGCCAUGGAUGGCUUCUUACUGUAGCCUUGCUCGAAGGAACUGCUUUGCCGUCAGUUAAUUCAACUCGAUUCUCUGCUCCAUACGUCGUUUUCUUUUGUAAUGGUAAAACUAGAACGAGUUCUGUGCAACUUGAAACAGUUGAUCCUCAGUGGAAUGGUUAGUUAUGUCAAUAUACAGUCUUUAUGGUUGAUUUCACUUUACUUGUGCCUCUUUUGUUUGGGAUAUCUAUUCAAUGUUUUCUAUUUCCAAUUUCCCAGAGAUACUGGAGUUUGAUGCGAUGCAAGAACCCCCUUCCAUAUUGACUGCAGAGGUCUUUGGUUUCGAUGGCCCAUCUAGCUUUGCUUCUUCUCUAGGACACGCAGAGAUUAACUUCCUAAAGCAAACAUCUGAGGAACUUGCUGACAUGUGGGUUUCUCUUAAUGGGAAAUUGGGUCACGCGUCUAACAGCUUGCAUUUAAGAAUUUUCUUACGCAAUACCAAUGGAACUACAAUUAUUAAAGAUUACUUGUCACAACUGGAGAAAGAAGUUGGGAAGAAGGUAAUGGCUUUUGAAAAUGCUGAUUUAUGUUUUGUCCCAGGUGAGCUGACCUAAUAUUUGUCAAACGACAGAUACACCACCAGUCGCCUCAUAGGAACUCAAUGUUUCAGAGGAUCUUUGGACUGCCGGAAGAGGAGUUCCUCAUCAACCAUUUCUCGUGUCACUUGAAGAGAAUGAUGCCAGUUCAGGUCGUUUAUGUGACUCCACAGAUUGACUGCUUUAAACGAUUGAGUGUGACGAUCUAAAAUGACAUGUAUCCUUGAAUGCAGGGAAGGCUUUUUCUAUCAAUAAGGAUAGUUGGGUUCUAUUCCAACGUAUUCGGUUAUAGGACCAAUUUCUUCUUUCUCUGGGAGGACAUCGAAGAUAUACAAGAGAUUCCUUCGUCCUUUGCUACAAUAGGCAGUCAGUCGUUGUUGAUAACCCUGCGCAAGGAUCGAGGCCUUGAUGCUAGGCAUGGUGCAAAGACUGUCGACGAAGAAGGAAGAUUACAGUUCCAGUUCCAGUCAUUUGCUUCAUUCAAUGCGGUCAGGGGGUAUGGUUUAAUUUAGCUUCUGACAUGUCCUAGGACUCAUUUCAUGUGCACAUAGUUAAACUACGGUAAGAUUCACCGAAAGCUUUGAGUUCCAAACGUGAAAAUUCUUCUCACUUAAAGCUCCAGAUAUCAAAGGCAUAAUCCAUACUUCCCAGAGUUUUGAAUUCAUCAUGUCUGAAUCACGAAGCUUAUCUCACCUUCCUUCGAAAAGGUACAGCUAAAAGUUCUUAAAUUAGCUUAGAUCUAGACAAGUAGAUCUCGGAGAUCAAGUGCCAUGUUCUUAGUCGAAUCAAACCUUGGGAAAUUUUCCUGUAAACAAUCAGCGUCAGAAUUGGUUUUCCUUUUUUUGUCUGGUAUCUUGGUUUCUCUUGCUAUUAUUAGUGCGUCGGUAACUGGAGAAAUAUAAACAGAACUGAAAUGGAGUUGACAUCCUUCAAAGUACUGGGACUUCUCACACCCAGCUUGGAGCUUUAUCUUCUCUGGAAAAUUCCUCUUAAAAUUUAGGCAGUUUGCCAUGCCUUUGGUUCCAGUUCAGAUUCUCACAACAGACCCAAUAUUUCGUACAGCCCAGUGCACAUUUUAUGGUUGUUAUUUGCAUAUUUAGAAAUUAUUUAACCAUUGUCGACAGGACGAUCAUGGCUUUAUGGAAGGCAAGAACACUGAACCCUGAUAAGUAUGAGGUUGGCGGAAGCAGGUCGGAUCCAGGUGGGGAUUCCUCCCCAUGCGAUCUCUCCAAAGUUUACUCAGCGGAGGUUCAUGUUAAUGUGCGUGCAAGAAAAACCUCCACCCAAUCCAAAGAAAGAAACUAUAUAUAGUUUUGAUUCUCAGCCUCUCUCAUCACUGCAGAUGAACUCACUCUUGAUGCUCUUUGGAGGAGGUCCCUUGGAGAAGAAGAUAAUGGAGAAAGUCGGCUGCCUAAACUAUACCUCCACUGCAUGGGAACCCUUAAGACCCGACUCAUUCCACAGAACGGUCAAUUACAAGCUUAACCAUCAAGUUUCAAUCUUCGGAGGCGAGGUGACCAGCAAGCAGAGGAGAACGACCAUCCCCAGUUCCAAUGGUUGGGCGAUCGAUGAGACAAUGGCUAUCCGCGGUGUCCCAUUUGGCAGCCAUUUCAGGGUGAGUAAGCGAGCAUUUCAGUGUCCCUAAUUACCAGGUUUCUAUAUCCACAUCACUUCCCUACAUUCAUGGUGCUGGCGCAGGUUCUUCUGAGGUACCAGGUCACACCUAUCUCGUCUGAAGUGGCAUGCCGGUGCGACAUUUUAAUGGGGAUUAUAUGGACCAAGGGUGCCAUAUUUGAGAGGACGAUCGCCAAGAACGUGCACGAAAAGCUGAGUCAGCGGUCGGAGGAGGUGCUCGACGUUGCCCAGUUAGAGAUUGGGAGUAUUUCAUCGGGAUCUUGUGGCUGA